AUGUCUAGUUUUGUUGGUGUUGUUGUUUCUGAUCAAUGGCUUCAGAGUCAAUUCACUCAAGUCGAGCUGCGUGGCCUCAAUUCCAAUUUCCUAUCUGCAAGAAAUCCAUCUGGGAAGGUCACAUUGGGAGAUCUACCACCUGUGAUGUGCAAACUUAAGGCCUUCCACGAUAUACUAAAUGAGGACAAUAUUAAGGCAAUAUUGAGCGAGUCAUCUUCUGACAUGAGUGAAGAAAUUGGUUUUGAAUCGUUCCUUCGGGCAUAUCUAAAUCUACAAGCACGAGCUACAGAAAAAUUAGGUGAUUCAAAAACGUCCUCCUCUUUCCUCAAGGCAACGACAACCACACUCCGUCACACCAUUAGUGAAUCUGAAAGAAGCUCAUAUGUUGCCCACAUCAACAGCUUUCUCAGAGAUGAUUCAUUUUUGAAGGAUUACCUUCCGAUAGAUCCAUCUACCAAUCAACUGUUUGAUCUUGCAAAGGAUGGUGUUCUUCUUUGUAAGCUCAUAAAUGUUGCUGUCUCCGGUACAAUAGAUGAACACGCUAUCAAUACCAAAAAGGUUCUUAAUCCAUGGGAAAGGAAUGAGAACCACACCCUUUGCCUCAAUUCCUCAAAGGCCAUUGGUUGUACAGUGGUCAAUAUUGACACACAGGAUUUAAUCGAAGCAAGACCUCAUUUGGUUGUCGGUUUGAUUUCUCAAAUUAUCAAGAUACAAUUAUUAGCUGAUCUCAAUCUGAGAAAAACUCCACAACUUGUGGAGUUGGUGGAAGAUAGCAAGGAAGUAGAGGAGCUUAUGAGUUUAUCUCCAGAAAAGGUUUUACUAAAAUGGAUGAAUUUUCAUCUUAAAAAAGCAGGCUACAAGAAGGAGGUUACAAAUUUCUCAAGUGACUUGAAGGACGGAGAAGCCUAUGCUCAUUUGCUCAAUACUCUUGCACCUGAACAUGGUAUGUCCAACACAUUAGAUACAGAAGAUCCAAUUGAAAGAGCAAACUUGAUUCUUGAGCAAGCAGAAAAAUUAGAUUGCAAAAGUUAUGUAACUCCAAAGGACAUUGUUGAGGGCUCAGCAAACCUAAAUCUUGCAUUCGUUGCACAAAUAUUUCAACAUAGGAAUGGAUUGACAGCGGACACCAAAAAAUUGUCUUUUGCUGUGAUGAUGGAGGAUGAUGCUCAAACUUCUCGAGAAGAAAGAUGCUUUCGGUUGUGGAUUAACAGUCUUGGAAUUGAUACAUAUGUGAAUAAUUUAUUUGAGGACGUAAGGACGGGGUGGGUUCUUUUGGAGGUACUGGACAAAAUUUCACAAGGAUUAGUUAAUUGGAAACAAGCAACAAAACCUCCAAUUAAGAUGCCAUUUAGAAAAGUUGAGAAUUGCAACCAAGUCAUAAGCAUUGGGAAGGAACUGAAUUUCUCCCUUGUAAAUGUAGCUGGAAGUGAUAUUGUACAAGGAAACAAGAAGCUUAUACUAGCUUUUUUGUGGCAGUUAGUGAAAUUUUCAAUGCUCCAACUGUUGAAAAACUUGAAAUUUCAUGCCCUUGGAAAGGAGAUAACAGAUGCUGACAUACUAAAUUGGGCAAACAGUAAAGUUAAGAGUGCAGGGAGAAGAUCUCAAAUCGAAAGCUUUAAGGACAAAAAUAUAUCAAGCGGGAAAUUCUUUCUCGAACUUCUAUGCGCUGUGGAGCCAAGGGUCGUCAAUUGGAGCCUCGUGACCAAGGGUAAAACUGAUGAGGAUAAGAAGCUUAAUGCAACUUAUACAAUCAGUGUAGCACGGAAACUCGGGUGCUCCAUCUUCUUAUUGCCAGAGGAUAUAAUAGAGGUGAACCAGAAGAUGAUGCUGACACUUACAGCAAGCAUCAUGUACUGGAGCUUGCAAAAAAAGACUGAAAAUUCAGAGUCCAACACUGCAGAAAAUGCCGGUUCGGAUGCAUCUCCAGCAGCAGCCUCUGAUGGUGACAUUGCUUCCAUAACUUCUGAAGUCGAAAAGGAGGCAGAGGAAGAAAGAUAGAAUUUGAAGAAAAGAAAUAGAUACACAAAAAAAAUU